CGUCCCACUCAAGGCUUUCUGGGAAAUGAAGGCAAUAUGUCGUCAAACAGGAAAAUUUGAAGUACUCAUUAUCUGAUGAUGUGUAAGUCGUCGGACACCAUUCCUUUAUCCACUCAAAAAAGGGGUUAUUACUUUUGAUGGCAUGUGAAGUCAUCAGGGUAUUUGAGUUGCUUACCUCUCGGACGGACACCAAACAGAGCAACGAUGGCCGUCGAAAAUGUGAGCGUGGUCUUCAAGCUGUACUGCCUGACAGUGAUGACACUGGUGGCAGCCACAUACACAGUGGCACUGCGGUACACAAGGACCAUCUCAACAGGAGCUUUGUAUUACUCCACAACUGCAGUGUGCAUCACUGAGGUCAUUAAACUGUUUCUGAGUCUGGGGAUGCUGACAAAAGAAACAGGAAGUCCUUACAGACUGAAGAGCGCUUUAAUGGAACAUGUAUUCUGCAGCCCAAAAGAGCUGCUGAAGCUGAGCGUGCCAUCCGUAGUGUAUGCAAUUCAGAACAACAUGGCCUUUCUUGCCUUGAGCAACCUCGAUGCUGCAGUUUAUCAGGUGACCUAUCAGCUAAAGAUCCCGUGCACAGCCUUGUGUACAGUCCUCAUGCUGAACCGCUCUCUCACCCGGCUGCAGUGGUUCUCCGUCUUCAUGCUCUGCGGGGGCGUCACACUCGUCCAAUGGAAGCCUGGAGAGUCCACUAAAGUUCAGGUUGAGCAAAAUCCUUUUGUCGGGUUCGUUGCCAUCGCUAUAGCUGUCCUUUGUUCAGGAUUUGCAGGUGUGUACUUUGAGAAGGUGUUAAAGAGCUCCGAUACUUCCCUGUGGGUGAGAAACAUCCAGAUGUACCUGUCUGGUAUCGUGGUCACCCUGAUCGGUGUUUUCCUGAACGACGGUCAGAGGGUCCUGGAGAACGGUUUCUUCUUCGGCUAUACGCCCUGGGUGUGCUUUGUAGUGCUUUUGGCCAGUAUGGGAGGUCUGUACACGUCGGUGGUGGUGAAGUACACGGACAACAUCAUGAAGGGCUUCUCUGCGGCAGCCGCCAUCGUCCUGUCAACUGUGGCGUCUGUCCUCUUGUUUGGACUGCAUAUAACGAUCCCAUUUGCCAGCGGAGCCCUCCUGGUGUGCGUUUCCAUCUACCUGUACGGACUUCCCAAGUCGGACACAACGAAGCUGACCCGGGAAGAAUCAGACAAAGAAUCCAAACAGAAACUGAUCAAUGUGUGAGCCGCCAACCUGCAGCAGAGGAGUCUCUCAUGCUGAUGGACCCGGUCUAGUGUGUCGGUGGAGGGGAACAGGAGGUGGUCACCUUCUCUAGGGACCUAAAGAGCUCCUGCACUUUGGAGAUGAGGGAUCCACUUCCGUUAUUCAGCAAACGAACACUCGGAUAAGUUGUCUUUAUGUUCAGUUCAUCAGUAAUGUUUCAGUUGAUAGGAAGACAAACACAUUUGACCUUGAGCUGGCCUUCAUAGCCGGCUGCUUUUAAAGUCUGUAAAUAACUUGAAACAAUCAUCAAUGUCUUUAAAUUAACCUUUAGUCAUGCUGGAGCGAUAAGCAGUGACAGGACUUCGUUACUCUUAUUGUUAUGCCUCAAUAUAUCUGUUUUAGGAGGCGUAUACAUGUUACAAAUGAAUAUCAUGUAGGGAUUUUUUCAAUCAUUAAUUUGUCUGUUUUACACUGUGCAAUGUCUAUAGCCAAAUCACAUAGUGCUCAAUCUGAAUGUGCCCGACUCAUGGGAAAAUCUACUUGAAAGGAUGACGACAGACUGCAUGUGUGAUUAUAUGUCGAUAAUAUCAUCUCUUUAGUGUCUUUUAUCUUAUUGUAUCACAUCAGUGUUGCAAGUCAUUUUAAAGCUUUAUUAAAACUGAAUGGAAACAAAGGAAAAAGCGACAUUGCUUUUUGUGCUCAGUAUGUAAGAAAUCCUACCAUAAGAACAAAUAACGACAAUCAGUUCAUAUAAAGUUAUAGAAAGGAAUCCUACAAUAAGUUUACAUGAGCCGUUUGAGAGGUUUCAGUUGAACUCUAUAAUCAUUUUUAGAUUCUGCACUUUGUGAUGCUACAUUAAAUUAUCUGAACGUGUCAGCUAAAUUAAAACACACAACUAUUUGUUCCUGAGUAUAUCCCCUGGGUCCUGUUGUUCAGUUUGUAUCAGCUACAUACUUGUCUAAGUGGGACUCGGCUGAACCAGUUGUAUCAGUCUAACCAUUAUGAGGUGUUUGUAAGUAACAUAGCUGUACAUCUGCAGUGAAUGAGUACAAAAAUAACUGAGAUGCGUCACUUAACCUGUUAUACUUUCAGAAAAGUUAAAGGCGUUUCAUAAUGUCAACGGCAACAAUCAAAUAGACUCAACCUGUUCCGCCUGUCUGCAUUGCUUUUUCAUCGGUGCAAAAGGCAGGAAUUCUGGGUGUGACACUGAACAUAAAAACUGUCCUCCAACAUCGCUGCACGACCAACUCCUGCAAAUAAGCUCUUCCAAACCUCAUAACGAUCAUAGUCCUGGUCCAGGCUCCGGCCAUCUCACAUCUUGACAACUGCAAAUGCCUGCAGACUGAUCCACCUCCAAGCACCAUCCGACCUCUGCAACACAUCCAGAAGCAGCAGCCCAACUGGUUUUCAACCUAUCUAAGUUCUCACACACUACUCCGCUCCCUUAACUUGUUACCAGUGGUUGCCGGAAUCCGCUUCAAGAAACUGGAACGGGCCUACUGUGCUGUGAGUGGAUCAAGCUCUUUAUACAUCCAGAACACGGUUGAACGACACACUCCAGCAUGGGCACUGCAAUUUGCAUCUCUCACUGCGAGGUGGACCCAGCUUCCUCUCUGAAAAAAAGCAGACCUCUUGCUAUCCUGGAUCGAUCUCCACAUGAAUAUGAGGACAGCAGAAAGUCUACACAUCACACUGAUCCUAAGUCACUUUGGAUAAAAAAAGGAUCCUCAUCCCGCUGGCCAGGACAGAGCAGGCUCCGCUGAACAGUCGCAACCUCGCCUGUUGAAAUUGAGUAAACAACAAGACGCUUCA